UCUGGGCCUCUUUUUUUUUAUAUUAUUUCACUUUCCUCUCCACAAGUCUUCUCUCCCCACUCCUCUCUCUCUCUUUUCAAUGACUUCCACACUUCUUUGCAGGAUCAAUCCUCUGGCAAAACGCUCUCUUCGCGAAAGUGCUAAAAUCGCUCCUAUCGGAUUAAGACAUUAUGCUUCAGAAGGCCAACGCUUGAACAAAUACAGCGCGAACAUCACCCAGCCAAAGAGUCAGGGAGCUUCGCAAGCCAUGUUGUAUGCUACGGGUUUGACAGACGAAGAUAUGAACAAGGCGCAAGUCGGUAUUUCCAGCAUCUGGUACGAAGGCAACCCUUGCAACAUGCAUUUGAUGGAUCUAGCUGCCAAGGUCAAGGAAGGUGUCAAGGCGGCUGGUCUCAUUGGUUACCGAUUCAACACCAUCGGUGUCAGUGAUGGUAUCUCCAUGGGAACUCGUGGCAUGAGUUACUCUCUUCAAUCCAGAGAUUUGAUCGCCGACAGCAUUGAGACGGUCAUGAAUGGUCAGUGGUACGAUGCCAAUAUCUCGAUUCCCGGCUGUGAUAAGAAUAUGCCCGGUUGUUUGAUGGCCAUGGGUCGUCUCAACCGACCUUCACUGAUGGUGUAUGGUGGAUCUAUUCAACCCGGUAAAAGUUGCGGUGGUGAUCAACUUGAUAUCGUGUCUGCUUUCCAGGCUUACGGUGAAUACGUUGCUGGUACCAUUGACGAGGAUCGCCGUUAUGACAUUAUUCGUCACGCAUGCCCUGGCCCAGGUGCAUGUGGUGGUAUGUACACUGCCAACACCAUGGCUUCCGCCGCCGAAGCCAUGGGUAUGACGCUUCCUUUCAGUUCUUCUACUCCAGCCACCUAUCCUGAAAAGAUCCAGGAAUGUCUCGAUGCUGGUAAGGCCAUUCGCACGCUUCUCGAAAAGGACAUCAAACCUCGCGAUAUCAUGACCCGCGCUGCUUUCGAAAACGCCAUGGUCCUUACCAUGAUUCUUGGUGGUUCCACCAACGUCGUGCUUCACUUGAUCGCCAUUGCUCGCAGUGUCGGCGUUAAGUUGGACCUUGACGACUUCCAAGCCGUCAGUGACCGUAUUCCCUUGUUAGCCGAUCUGAAGCCCAGUGGUAAAUAUGUCAUGGCGGAUCUUCACGCCAUUGGUGGUAUUCCUGCCAUUCUCAAGUACCUCAUGGAAAACAAGUUGGUGGACGGUGAAGUGCUUACCGUCACGGGCAAGUCUUUGGAAGAGAACUUGCACGGUCUUCCUAGUCUUCCUCAAGGUCAAGACAUUAUCCGUCCUCUCUCUAACCCUAUCAAGUCGACCGGACAUUUGCAAAUUCUCCGCGGUAACUUGGCCCCUGAAGGCUCCGUUGCCAAGAUCACCGGCAAGGAAGGUUUGAGAUUCACGGGUAAAGCGCGUGUCUUUGAUGGUGAAGAGAACUUUAUCACGGCCUUGGAGAACAAUGAACUCAAGAAGGGUGAAAAGACCGUGGUUGUGAUCCGCAAUGAAGGUCCCAAGGGUGGCCCCGGUAUGCGUGAAAUGUUGAAACCUAGCUCGGCUAUCAUGGGUGCCGGUCUCGGUAAAGAUGUGGCUCUUUUGACGGAUGGUCGUUUCUCUGGCGGAUCUCACGGUUUCAUUAUUGGCCAUGUCUGUCCUGAGGCCUAUGUUGGUGGACCGAUUGGCCUUGUGAAGGAUGGUGAUGUGAUUAGCAUUGAUGCUGAAAAGCGUGAAAUGAAUCUUGAGGUGCCUGAGGAAGAGCUGGCUCAACGAAAGGCGAACUUCAAGCCCUUACCCCCCAAGCACACCCGUGGUGUUCUUGCUCGAUACGUCAUGACCGUCAAGAGUGCCAGUGAAGGUGCCGUUACCGAUGAACUUUAGAGAAAAAAAAACCAAUUCCCUCUUGUAGACUGUUCACUCUUUUUUGCUUUCCUAUUUUACCGUCAUUUUACUUUCAUUUUCUUAUUACCAAAAACAUUUCCAAACAAUAGAUAUAAAAUGUCUUUAGAUGCUUUCAAACCCAAUCAGUGCUCUCUCUUCGAUACUCGGAUUUCAUAUAACAUGAUUCGAUUUUAAAUGCGAGCACAAGUUAUUUGCGAAACUGGUAAAUUGCCCCUGGAGAUGAGUAGAAUUCGCGAGUCACGGCUCUACGGCAUCAGUAUGGAGAUUGAGCG